CCUAUGGAUAGCAGGUAGCAGUUUCUCCAGUUCUCAGUUGUGUUCUUCAGUGUAUGUGUUUUGUGGUACACCGUGUAUUCAUUCCCAUUCCUGUAUUCUGUAUUGUAUAUAUUUUUUGACACACAAAGAGCCAUGUCUAUCAAAGCAGAUAUAAUUCACCUCUUUAGACCUUAUUAUUUGUACAAUAUUCUCUUAAGCCUUUCAUAUAUUGCUUUAAAACGCAUCCCAGGAGUGUGUAAUUAUUUAUUUUCAACUGAUAACUGUGAAUUCGAUGGGCGGGAAACGGAAAUACUAUUCUUCCUUGUAAUUGUCGUUGCAAUCAGAACUAGAAAAGCUGGCAGCAUGUCUAUGAUCAGCUAUCUAUCGUCUAGCUUUGUCUACACUAAGGUUGCUAAUUUAAUUCUGUGGUUUAAUACUGACUAUCGAAUGGGAAUAAUUUAUGGGAUCAUAUUUAUUUUGGGCACGAUUCUAUUCCCUGAACCCACGUACGCAGGUCCAGAUAGAGUAACGUACUUCCGUGGCGUACAAGGCCUGGAAGAGGAAUUAGAACGGGACAAAACGGUAACAUGGCUCGUAGCAUUCUACACUAUCUGGAAUCCGUCGUGCUCAACUUUUGCACCCAUAUAUGCGAAGCUGAGCAACGACUUUUGCCUCGACACACUGAAAUUUGGCAAAGUAGACAUUGGCAGAUAUCCGGAAGCAGGAAAAGCAUAUAACGUCAGUGACAGCAGUAUAAGUAAACAGCUACCAACAGUGCUGCUCUUCCAAGACGGUAAAGAGGUACUCAGAAAGCCAACAUUGGAUUCGAAGGGCAAUGUUUCCAAGUUUAUUUUCUCUGAAGAGAAUAUAAAGACAGCAUUUGGUUUAACUAUGUUGUAUGAUAAGUGCAGGAGUAUAACAAAACAAAAAAAUAAGCCACAUAAGGAAUAGGUUUUGUUUAUUUUUAUUUUAGUUAUUGAUGGACGUACGCGCUGUCAUAAUUGUCUAGUUGAAUACAGGUUCUGAUGUAUGUUGAACAUUUCCUAUGCCCAACGUGCUGCAUUUCUAACGUGUACUGUGCUGCAGUGAAACACGGCCCAAAAUCUGAUAGUGGAGUGCUAUCUAGUUUCUUUGAAAACCCUUAAUUGAAUAAAAUUGCUACAUUCAGCUUCUAUGUUUUGUGGUAUAAACCUAAUGCAUUCCACUAUAAAUACAAUGCAUGUAUUUUCAGUCUCAAGGAGUAUCCCGGCACAUUGCGGAAAAGCUUGCAAGAUGCAAAGUUACGCGCGCUGUGCUAGCACGCUCGCUGACAUUUUACUGCCAUUACUGAAAUAUCAGAAAAAAAUCCACACUUUUUCCAAAAAUUGAGUUUAUGAUCUAUUGAUCAGCCAAAAAAUAUUCGUAUUUCUCUCCUAGUGUAAUCAACAUAUUAAUCUUGAACAUGAACAUAUAUUUAAUCACUACAAAGACAUAAGUACUGCAGCAAUCAAGUAUACACUAUAUUCGCUGAUCUCUUUCCAUUAUUCAGAGCCCAUAAAUAUGUUUGUCUUGAAUGUCUUGCGCUUGCCCUCAUAAGUACAUGGUGUAUUUCUUACUACAGCUCAACCAAGCGCUUCCAAAACUGGAAAAAUUGUGUUCGGGUCGCUUAAUCAUGCUUCGUUUCUGUUGAAUCUAUGCCACUUAACUGAAAAUGUUUACUAAAUUAACAUGUAGUUCUAUAUGAGUAAUAGUUGAAAGGGAGCGUACAAUUUGCCUCAUAUUAUUGCCAACUAGUGAAAUUAAUUUUUUGUGACAAGACAAGACAAUAAACAUGUGUAUUCAUUAUUUUCAUACCAACUUACACUUUCCUUUUUUUGUGAAAUAGCUACCUGCUUUCCGAAGGUUUAAAAACCUUCACAAAUAUCCGUAUUGUAUCGCACUCCCAGUACCCCGGUUAAUAUACGCCUAUGGUAGCUGACUUAAUUGUAGAAAAUUUCAGGCUGGUAAAACGAUAAAUCAAAAGCACGAACAAUUUGAAGCAAAUAUAUAUUUGUGACAUAACCUCAAAAUAGAGAGCUGACACGGAACAGUAGAAAACUAUGAAAAGAGACUACAAUUAUAGGAACCAUUGACGAUACGACCCUUAAUAAAGUGCACAUCAACUAGUAAUCCAAACAUCAUUUAUAAUGGAUCAGAUUACUUCCGCGCGAAGCUAAGCAACAUUAUAUCAUUAAUGAUAGAAAUUUCUUGUUGGAAAUAACUGACUAUAAUACGAGGGGUGACAAUUAGGUAAUGGGAAUGAUUCCAUAAAAACAGUAUUUAUUUGAAAAUUACUGUACAACUCUCCCAUCCCUUCCAAAGUAGUCCCCUUGGGCAGCUAUACAACGAUUUCAGCGCGUCUUAAACGCUUUGUAACAUUUCUGGACCGCUUCGACUAGGAUGUCCGCGAGUAUGCAUGUUGCAACACGGCGAUCCCUUUAGAGGCUAAAUACUAGGACACGCUGAAGGAGGUGUGGCACGGCGCGUUGCCGUGUUGAAGGAACCAGUUGUUUGCUAUGUCUGUGCGCAUCCUGUUGACUCGUAUUCGAGUACUUGGCGAUAGUAGACUUGAUUUACGGUUUGCCCCGAUGGAAAAAAUUCUUUGUGGACGAUUCCACGGCUAUAAUAAAAGGUAAUAAUCAUCGUGUUCACCUUCGACUUGCUCAUGCGAGCUUUUUUCGGCCGGGGACCCUUGCGGAGACAACCAUUGUGAGAUUUGGCGUUCGGUUUCCGGGUCGUAAAAACAAGCUCUCAAUGCCUGUAAUAACUCGAUCAAGCAGCGUGGGAUCGUUUUCCACUUGCUCCAAACAGUCUGCUGCGACGGUCAUUCGAUGCUGCUCCAUUUUCAUGACGAGCACCACCCACACAAGUCUACUCAACACGACACAGCAGAUGAACUAAACAAACUAAAGCGAUGGUAAAUAUAUCAAUGGAGAGGGGACGGAUACCGAGGUAGGAAAUUUCAAGGUCGCAUUUGGUAAUACAAUAAUAUACAGGGUUUUUAAAAAAUUCACCUUGUACACAUGAUACCGCCGAGCGUAGAUGUUUGCGCCUAUCUAUAGCUUUGCAAUUUUACCUCAAACCAAACCACUGGAACGUCAUGUCGGCGACUUUACGUGUCGGGUUUAAAAGAACGGUUUAACGUAUGGUAAAAAUAUAUUUAAAGUGAAACUGACGAUAUACAUUUCUUUAAAUUAAGUUAAUAUGUUACUACAUCGUAACUAUAAGAACUGUCAUCAUUUGGUUAUAAUUAAUCAAGUUGUAAAUAAUACUCUUAUUACAUUAACAUUAAGGCAGUGUAUUAGGUAUAAGGUUUGUUCGUACAGUGGUCGGUGACUGUGUUAGGGAUCCGGUCGUGUGAAUUCCGUCUAUAUAGCGUAGCAGAGUGGACGGAGUUUGUGCGGCGGGAUAUUGGACGCGAUUACCGACAGCUGUACGAACAGAACUAUAAUUAGAACAUUGAUUUUGUAUAAGAUUUUCAGCGAAUUCUUGACACCUUCUUGGCCUUGUCGACACACGGUGGCGGUACAGGAGGUUUGUUAGUUUGGUAUCGACUGUACAAUCUGCAAAAGUAUUAUAAACAAUUACAGAAGCAAUAUAAAUAUUCAGAGGGUGUUCAGAACGUCGAUAACAACCUUUUAAGAGGUGAUAGUACACCCUCUUUGUUUUCAUAGUUAUAUCAUUUAUCUUGGUGUAUAGUCUCCCAAUACAAGUAAUUUCCAGGUUAUCAAAAGAUUGCAGUACUUUUACUAAAAAUGUUUGUUUACUAAAUGGCUCAAUUUUCCAUUUCUUCGUGGCUUUUCAAAAGAAUUUAUGUAAACAUUUGGCAACAGUGUAAUCAUUGGAAAAACUACCUCCACUUCUGCUUUUUCUUAUGGUAUGUCAUACGAAGCCAUAUAAUAUCGAUAACUUUUUCUUCAGUAACCCAAAAUAUAAGAUCAAACAGAACGUCAUCGGAAUUACACGAAAACAUAAAAUCCACUUUUUGUGAAACAAAAAUAUAUUAAAAAAAAAAUCAUUCGCUCAAUAAGAAAAAUGCAAAUUGUUAUUACUUAUGCAUUUCCGCGCCCUUGUUUCGUAUCCGGUAGCAGUAGUCAGUUUACUAAAAGUGAUUGUGUAGCUUUUCUGCAUUUACUUGUAGAAUAUGGCAACCGCGCAAAUUCAUAAUCUAUCACCUCUUAAUUGGUUGGCAUCCACCUUCACAUUUUAUACAUUAUACAAAUAUUGUAUGAGUAAAAUAAUUCUUGCCCAUUUCGAAAUGACGGAGUAAGAUGAAGAUGAUUUGGAGAUGGUGCGCGUGGAAGAAAGGCAGCCUGAGUAAUCGAAGGAAAUACAUCUGGCAACAGCGCAAUAUCCGUUGCUCCACAGCUCCAUCCUGUUUUUGGGCAUUGAAGUGUAAAGGUAUUAUUCGCUUCCAAAUUUCCCAAAAAAUGUACUCCCAAGAAGAGAAGUUUCAAAUGCUGGUAUGGUACAUCCAGCACGCGCAGUGGUUGACUUAUUUGCGGUAUACUUCCCAGGUAGGUUGUUUAUACCAUAGCUCUAAGCACCCUGAUGGCUGGAAACCGAAAAUCAGCGACCAAAGGGAAGAGAUCGAAACUUCUGUUUGUGUCGCUGCAGAAGUAGGUAAUAAGUCAGAGCCAAGUUGCAAAGAUUUAGAUAAUGGAUGUUUUUUCUCGAUCCCCUGGGAAGUGUAAUGGUAUAAUAAUAUUGUAAGAAGUGAGUGAACUUCGGCGCGUGUUGUAUGGUGUAAGCAGGCAAUAGCUUCAUUUCGGACAAUAAAAUUCAUUCAAUUUGUAGACAACGAUCGAGUAUGUUUUCUUAACCCUUAGACUUGAUCAGCCCUAACUCCAUCACAACAUAUAUUUUGGAAAAUGAAUAUAGGAAAUAUACAACAAUAAGACAGCGCUUAUGUCUUUUUACGGAUUUUGACAGUAAAACUACAGAAAUUACUUUCACAUAUCCGUCUCCCUUACACAUACAUGUGCAAUAGGCCUCUAUGCAUAUACGUCUGUUUGUGUAAGCUCACAGACAUACAUUUUUUACUUCGCUUCACCGCCGCUCAUCAAUUAGCGAAUCUUCCACAUUUAUGCUUGUCUUUAACCAAGAGCAAAGGUCCUACAGAUCGAUCCGACAAAAAAUGGCAAAUAUACAAUUUAGACUUGUCACUGACAGCAAUACCUGGAGAUAAAACCACAAUCUCGAGUGUUAUGUUAAUUUUUUUUGAUUAUCCUCAAAUGAUGAGUUGUCAUUUUUAAGGUCAACUACGGUCUUUUUCACGAUUAUCCAUUACCCAAAAAUGACAGCUAAUUAUUUAGUAAUAUUUCAAAAUUCCCCAUAUCCACAAAGGACUGGAACUUUAGCGUGGCUUCACAACAGGUAGUGUAUCUAAC